UUAGGAGAGGGUGACAGAGUAGGUGGAAAGCGGAAUCUUAAAAUAGAUUAUGAAAUAUUGCUUAAGGGAUUGACAGAUAGAUGUGUGGACCACCAAAGGUAAUUGCACGGAUGUUUGUUGUGAAAGACUUCUUUCAGGAAGUAGAAAUUUCAAUGCACAUUUUCUGAUCCUUGUUUUUCUUUUUCCAUAUGGCGUAAGCGCAUUAUUUAAGGGUUUUCUUUUUUUUCCUUUUUUCAUGUUGGGGGCGGGAGGAGAGAAUCCAGUAUCUUGCAAAAUUCCAAUUAAUGUGCAACCGGCACUUUACCGGUUAUGAGCAAAAAGUUGAAUAAUUUGAAACAGAAAUUUUUGUCUUUUUUUCUUCGGACUUCCCUAGUCAGCAGACCACUGAAGCUGUAACUGCAACCAUAUAGUUUUUAAAGACACAAUUUAUGAAAGUGCAUCAUUUGGGUAUUCAGCGGCACGCAGUAAGCAGGGAUCUCAUACGGCAAAAAGGAAUUAACUCUGGCAGUUAUCUACGGAAAAGGUCACUCACCAAAGAACAACACAGAAAUAUGACAACUACCAAUCCGGCAGAUACGAUAACCUUGAAGCUCAUCUUAGUGAGUGGUAAGACAAAAGAGUUCCCCUUCUCACCCAGCAACUCUGCAGCGGACAUUGCCAAGCAUGUGUACAACCACUGGCCAAUGGACUGGGAAGAGGAACAAGUCAGCAGUCCAAACAUACUGAGGCUCAUCUACCAGGGGAGGUUUCUGCAUGGAAAUGUAACACUGGGAGCAUUAAAACUACCCCAUGGCAAGAUAACAGUGAUGCAUCUAGUGGCCAGAGAGACGCUGCCAGAGCCAAACUCCCAAGGUCAAAGGAAUCGUGAGAAGACUAGAGAAAGCAACUGCUGUGUAAUCCUGUGAACAUUCCCAGCCUCGUCUGCCACCUGGGGUGGAACACAGUCUGUCUUUCAUGCUACUGAAGUAGAUGCCUGGGAGGCCCUAGAGAGUGCACAAAAAUUAUUUUGCUGGGGGCCACGGGAGAAAUCAGGGAGGUGAAUGUGAUGUGGUUAAUUUCAAAUGUGUGUUUCAGACUUUAGUCUCCCUCCUCAUCCAUUUAUUCUGGAAGCACAAACAGAUGCACUCAAGCAUUCAGACUGACUCUGGUGGUCCAGUUUGGCUGCCCAUGGCAGAGAUUCACUUCCUCUGUUCUGUAAAAUUUACAGUAUCUGGCUGCCCCUAGCUCCACCUAGAGACAGUUCUGAAAACUGGAAGCAGUGGUACAGACUAUAAAGUUGUAAAGGCUGAUUUAUACUUGAUUUAUACAGCAUAGAAUAUACUUCAUUGGCAGCCCUGUACCGACACCAUACCUAUGCCAUACUAACAGCAUAGAUUUUGCACAAAAGUAUAAAUCAGCCUUAAGGGUUAGCAUGCACCCAUAGGGAUGCAAUAUGAAGGGAUGCAGGUGGGUGUUAUACAUCCAGAACAUCAUAUGUGUGCACAAUUUAACCACUAAAAAACACUAAACUUGUUAUUCAGGACUGUUUCAAACAGUAUGUGACUAAACUUUUAUUGUGCCUCUAAUCUGAAUUCAAUCUGCAAGGCAACUGACAAAUAUGUAUGCUGUUUUUCUCGGGAAGAUGAGUUUCCUAUAUUUAUGUGUAGAUCAUAGGAAAAUUGACAAACUAUGGAGUUAAUUUCCUAGCCUUAGAUUUUAUUAAAUCACUGGGUUCUUUUAUUAACCGACAAAGACCAUCAACAUGUUAUUCUGUGGUUCUUUUUUUAUUUUGAAUUGUCUUAGUAUUUGUCUUAACCUUUCACUUCUAUGUGUCAAUUUGCACAGCUGUGUUGAAGCAUGAAUUAUUUCAUAUAAAGCUGAAAAAAGGAUUUUGUUUUUAACGUUUUCCUGUAGGAGUUAAUUUGGAAACUAGGGAUAUAUGUGUACAAUAUCUUUAAUGUUAAUCUUAUACAAAAAAUAUGCUCAUACAUGGAUAUUACUUGGAUAUAGUGAUGUUCAGUGUAAUAUAGUUUAUAUAAUUACUAGUAGCAGUAGCAGCUGAUCCCACCUCUUGAUGACAAUGCUAUGUACCUUAAAACUAAAUCCUAAUUCAAUUUA